AUGGACCUCCAUUUGGACAGUGAGACCUAUUGGAACCGAUCCUCGCGAGCGGCGUUUAGCUUCGACGACGAGGACGAGGUGGACCUCGGCCCGGAAUUGGCCAGCAAUGGAAUCCUGGCCGACGACACCAUUUCGGAGGCCAGUUUCAACAACAGCUGCACCUUGAACCUCUCGAUCAAAUCCAUUCUGAGCGAGGAGGCACUGAAACUGGUGCUCCAGGAGCAGACACUGGACGACCGGGUGCUGCCCAAGGGCGUCUCGCCGGAGGAGGAGUUAAAGCUGCUGCGUCGCCAGCUGCAGAGCACGCUCUACAGUCCCAAUCUUGAGGCCACGGCGCAGAAGUUGCUGCAGGGAAAGACGGCUCCGCUGGAGAUGUUUAAAUCCCUGCAAGAGAAGCAGCAGCUGCUGGAUACCCUGAUAGCCCAAGGCGGUGGCCAUGCCGUCAUCACGGUGCUGCUGUUCCUCAAGAGGACGCUGAACACAGCCCAGUUCCAUGGGAUUCUCGGGGAGCGUCCCAAGGCAUUGGAGCAGUAUCUGAGUUAUCUGAAGGAAAGCGGCGAUUCCACCAGUCACAUUGAGCUACUGCAGCGAUUUGGACGCCACCAGGAGGCGGCUCUCAAGCAGUUCCAGGCCGCCCUGGCCUCAGGCGAUGUGAGCAGCAGGAAAAAGCAUCUCCAGCUCCUGGUAGAUGCCUAUGCCACGGCGGGCGUGGGUGUUAUACCGCUUUACGAGCAGGUUUUCCAUGCCGCCCUCAAGAUGCAGCAGCUGAUGGAGAAGGAGAACGGGCUGAGCAAGAUGCUCCGUGAUCAAGCGACGCCCAUUGAGGUGCUCUAUGCCUGCUGUCAGGCUAAUAACAAUUGGAAGGAGCAGGAUAUGCUGAAAGCCGUCUCCCCCCAGCGAUUUGCCACCGACCAGCAGAUAUCCCCGGCCCAAUACGAGUGGACGGCGCUGAAUGAGAGGGCGCAGGCACAGGCCUAUGCGGAUCUGGAGUGCAUAUUCGAGCGAGUGCCCAGUUGGCAUCCGCUGAAGACUAAGCAGUUUCACAUCAGCUUCGAUCUGACCCUGGCCGUCCUGCGACUUCACGAACUGCAGGCCCCAUCGACCGUUCUCCAGCUAUUCCUCUCCAAGAUGGGCAACAGCGGCGAGAAACUGGCGCUGGCCCGGCGGGUGAAGUGCAUCAGGGCGGUCAUCGAUGCCAUGGCCGGGCUGAAGCAGCAGCAGGAACUGCAGCAGCUCAAGGACUCGCUGCCCGAGCGAUCCGAGGAGCAGUUCUACUGCGAGAACGCCUUGAAGAGCCUGCAGAGCAAGCGAUGGACCACGGACAACAUCAAGCUCAAACUGUAGAAUCUCUCUCUGUUUUACUUGUAUAAACGUAUUUUAUUGUUAAUCAUAUAUAUGUGUAUAUAAUUAUAUUAAUUCUACUCUGGUUUUAUUAAAUAAUUGCAAAUCACAAGCUGAAUAUCGAAUAAAAAACAAAGAAUUUGUAUGUUAUAUGUGUA